ACUUAACCCGAGUUCGCAACCGCGCUAGUAGUGGCAGUAGUAGUGGUGGUGGUGGUGGUCGUCGUCGUCGUAGUAGUAGCAGUAGUAGAGUAGUAGUAGUAGUGGUUGUUGCUGGUAGUGGUGGUGGCACGAGGCAGUGAUGAUGGUGGUGGUAGAAGAGCGGUGGUGGUGGUGGUCGUGAUGCUGCUGCUGCUGCUGUGACGAUGACACAGCGUCAUAACACGACGCUCGUCCGUCCGUGCGCGAUUUAACCCGAGUCGUUACGCCAGCGGCGUCGAGUGUUCUGCUUUUCUUUUUUUUUUCGCGCGCGCGGUGAGCGCAUUCGCGCCAUAUUACCGAUCGAGCGCCGACUUCGGACGACUCGAGCCGAACCGCGUCCGGCGCGAUUAAACCGCGUACGCGAUCAGUGUCGAGGGAGAUGGCUCGCCGCCCGGUCGCUGUACCGUGAGACUCGCGAGAUCGCGUUAUCGUUGCGCGCGACGUUACGUUUUCCUCUCUGUUUUUCUCGCCGGCGAUGUUAGUGUUACCUCACUUCCCCCCUCAUGAUGACAUAAAUUGAGUGUGCGUUCAUCAGUGCGCUCGUCGGAUGUAAACGCGACUCGAACGGGGCGCGAAGUGAAGUGCGAGUGAAACGCAAAUCGGACCGUGGCGGCGUUGACACGGUCAACGAAUGCAUUAACUCUUUCGCGAAGGUAAAAUAUUAUUCCAGCGUGCGAUCGCGCGGGCAGGGCGAGUCACCGGCGGUCGCGUAGUAUCUCGCGCAGCCAGCUUCGCGUGGUUGCCUCGCUCCGAUUUAACCGCGGCGUAGUUCGCGCCGUUGCGCGCGGGCGCGUGCGUGUGUGUGUGCGGCAUCGGGAAUCUUCGCUCGUCGAUUUCGUGGCGGGGCCGCAAACGGGCCGCUGUCACGGGGAUCCGUCACCUUGAAUUGCCCGACUGAGACCUUGCGAGUGUACGUUCUCGCGCGCGCACGGCAGCGCGAUUCUCCUGGAUAAACAAGGCGGCCGCCUACGCGUGUCGGGCCGGUACUCCGGGAGUACCGAGUGAACUUAGCCGCAGUCGCGACCUUGCUCGGCGCUCGCCUCGAUCGUCGAUCGGAAUGAACGGCUCGCGACGCGCGCAACGUUCAUCCGCGCGGGAAACCGAGUUCACGUCGCCGUGGAACGCGGAGCCGCGGAACGGUGAGUUCUGAGAGAUAAGGCAAAACGAUAGAGGAAAAUACGGGAAGAACGUCGACCGGCUGGCCGACUCCGAUGGCGGCAUCUCGAAUCCCGAUCGCGUUCGCGUGUGUCGACGUAUCACGGGCUACGACAUUUUGACGAGCAUUCAUCCAUCCUCUGGAGAAGAAGAGAAAGGGUGAACGGGAGGAAGAGCAGGCAAGUGAAGGAAGCGCAAACUGAAGGAGAGAUCCGAGAAGCGUUCGCCGCGCGACCGAUCGCCGGCGGCUCUUGCCGGAGAAACGCAUCGUCGGCGCGACUCGCGCCAUGCCCGGCAAUCCCCGCCGCGUCAAGGAGGUUAGACGGCCAUUGACCGGCGAGCGGCGGCAGCGGCAGCGUGUACUACGCGCGCCAAACACGCGCCGGCUUUGAGUACCGAGUGAACUUACGCGAGCAACGAACGCGACGCGGCGAGAGUGACCCUCUCGACUGUGCGAGGUUAUCGGCUUCCGAGGAUCCCGUCGUGUCCGAGCCGUACAAUUUUCGUUGCUUCGUCCCGCGCGAUUGGUAUAUACAUUGAUGUAUAUUAUGUCGUGCUACGAGCGUCGCGAAAAGAUACGCAACAGGACGUGGACCAACGGUGAGCGCGCGGGCCAAAGACCAGGAAGAUCGUCAUCGUCGAGGAUCGCGUGAGGAUUCGUGCCCCGGCUCGCGGAGGAUGCGGCAGUACCCGCCGUCGGUGUCCCCACGUAGGCGAGCUACGUGCCACGUCGUACCAGUGAUGUUGUCGUGGGUGUCGUCGGGGUCAUCCGCAGCGCUGCUGGACCUGGACCAUGGCCGGCAAGCCUGAACAGCCGUCCACGCUCCCUGCUCCCCCGAGUCACGGCCAUCAGCAUCAGCGUCAUCAGCAACACCAUCAGCAGCAUCCGCAACAAGUGCAAGUGCAACAAUCACAGCCACAGCAGCAACAACCGCAUCACCAGCAGCAACAACAGCAAGCUGUACAGCAGAACAGCGUUCUGGUGUACGUGUCGGGGGAGAACUUCGCGUACGCCACGGCGGUGGGUCAGAAUGUCGCCGCGACUACUGCCGCCGCUAUCGCGGUCGGUUAUCAGUCGCAGCCGCAGCAGCAGCAGCCACAACAGCAGCAACAGACGACGCAGUACACUGGCGGUAUCCUACCGCAGGUGGCGACGGCGCAGGCGGCCGCGACGACCUUUCCCGCCAAAACCGCCGUAUACUGCGCCGACGGGGUCAACGUAGGGAACACCGCCACCCCCGCGGCCGGCUGUUGCCGUCUGAAGCCGUCGUACGAGGUGACGACGACGACGACGACGACGACUGCGACGGCGGCGAGUAUCAGUGCGGAUGGCAGCGAGUCCAGGCGACCUCCACCUCUGGCGGGCAACGAGGACGAGGAAGACUACGCGAUGCUGUAUCGCCAGGCCAACCUGGGGCAAUCGACGACGCCGACGACGACGAUGAUGACGCGCGUCGCGACGUCGCGAGAGAACGGCCGGGCGCCUGAGAACGGGGACUCGACGGGGGCUGACGGCGACCUCGGCAACGACGUGAUGGUGUCGUGUGCCGCGAAAACGUACCAGACGCGGCUGCAGCACGGCGACGCGUACGCUGCGAGGAUGAGCGGUGAGUAUAACGCGGCCGCAACGACAACGGCGAGUGGCAGGAUUGUCGCGCGAUCGAAUCCUGGUGACAUUGGCCUCCUCGGCGACGACGGAUGCGUCACGUACGGAACACAGAUGACGGCGUCGUCCGUCGGCAACGGUGUCGUCUUGCAGAAUGCCGGCGAUGUUCAACAGGCCGCGACCACCGUGGACGACAAGGGCCAGCAGCAGGACAGUUAUGAUACUCAACAGCAGCAGCAGCAAGCUGUCCCCACGGCGUCAGUCGCGACAGUCGUCGGUGUCAGUGACGUUGGUGUUGUUGGUGCUGGUAGUGGUAGUGGUGGUGGUGUUGGUGCUACCGCGAUUGGCGGCUGCGACUCCGUCAGGUCCGACGAAUCGUCGACCACGACGACUUACAGCAGUCUCAGCAGUCCUGACGAGAGUCAUCAGAAUUAUCAGCAGACGGGACAACAUGAUGGUGUUUUGCCGGUGAAUAAUAAUCAUCCCAGCGGUAGUGCGUGCGCGCAGCAGGCUGCGCGGCAGCAACCGGCGUCGCGUGUCAACGGUAAUAACAAUAACGGUGGUAACGGCGGUGUGCAGCAUAACGCGGUGGUGUUGACAAUGAACGGCAGUGCGGUGAUUACGCAGCAGCAGCAGCAGCAACAACAGCAGCAGCAGCAACAGUCGGCGAUCACUGUGCCACGUGGAUGGAAAAGGAUAUGUACCAACGGAGUCAUCAUUUACAUAAGUCCAAGCAGUACGGCGCUGGGUUCGCUGGACCAACUGAAGGAGUAUCUGACGACAGUGGGAACCUGCAAAUGCGGUCUCGAAUGCCCGCUCAGACCGGAACAGGUCUUCAACUUUGACCCCAAGGUUGCGACACGACCUUGGAGCCCGGAUCAGGGCAAGACGCGGGAGAUGACCAAGCUCUGCAACCAUAAGAGGAAACUUUUGCUGCCGACCGCGGCCGCCAGUCCUGUUGCGUCCUGUACGCCGGCGGUCUCAUCGUCGACUUUAUCUUCUGGCCCGACGACGGCCUCGAUUCACGCGAACGCCGACUCGCCCACGUCGUCGGAUAAAACCAGAAAAGAUGGUCUCAGCAAGAAGAAGAAGAGGAAACUAGGCGGUAUAGGUGGCAUUUAUUCCGGCGUCUCGGUUUCGCAACUUCUGGCACAACGGGAGAGAGCUAUUGCUGCGGUCGCGGCAUCUGGAGUUCAAGGUUCACCGGUGCCUAAUGGAUCGCAGGUAUGGCCAAUCGCGAUCCCGAAUCUUCAAGUCCAACAAAAUGGCCAACAAGUCUGUCAUCAGUCUUUAAAUUCACCUUCUCAAAAUCAUGACGUGAACAGUUGCGCAAGAAAUUCUCAACAGCGAUUAAAUCAACAUAAUAUGUCGGGCAUGCUGAUGGGCAAUCCGCUGAUUAUGAAUCAGCAGAGUACAAAUUUCAAUAAUAUGACUCAACAGCAGCAACAGCUUUUACAGCAGCAGCAUCAACAAUUGAUUUUACAGCAACAACAGCAGCAGCAGCAACAGCAACAACUCAUUCAGCAGCAUAUUUCGCAACAACAGCAGCAGCCACAGCAGCUAUUAUCGCAUCAACAGCAAUUGCAACAGAUGCAAAUACUUCAACAACAGCAACAACAAGAGCAACAGCAGCAUCAAAAUACCGUGGUAAAUCAAUUAACGCAACAGCAAACGCCUCAUUACAUUAAUCAGCAGCCUUUACACGUAAUGCAACAACAGCAGCAGCAACAGCAGCAGCAGCAACAACAGCAGUUACAUUUACAGCAAAUCCAAAAACAUAACAUUCAACAACAGCAGCAUUUGGCACAAGAAAUGGAUCAGUCACAAUCGGCAAAUUACAAUGCUCAGCAUCCGACAGAAAAUUAUGUCCAUCAUAUGCAGUCGUCGCAAAUGCCAAAUCAAACCUCCCUCCAUCCACAAUUACAUCAACUUCAUCAGCAUCAAAUGCAACCGCAACAAUCGCAACAGAAUCAACACGUCAUGCAGUCCCAGCCGGCAGAUCAUUUCCAAAUGCAAAUUCAACAGCAGCUACAACAACAACAGCAGCAGCAACAGCAACAACAGCAUCAACAACAGAUAUCACAAGUGUGCAUUCAGCCGCAGUAUCAGAAUCAACUAAACCAUCAUUCCGUGGAUGUCAUGCAACAACAGACUGGUUCAACUGUGAUGACCAACAUGAAUGCUACCGAUAUGCAAAACAGACAUAAUCGAACACCAUCAAUCACUGACGAAGAUUUAAAUGCGAAACAAUUACAACAACAGCAGCAGCAGCAGCAGCAACAACAACAGCAGCAGCAGCAGCAACAACAGCAGCAACAACAACAACUCCUGUUACAUAAUCAUUCGAUGCAACGACACCACGUGGUUCAGAAUGGUGGAUUGCCGAAUAAUCCCCAUGAAAAUGUUCAGCGAAUGUACGCGCAAAAUCAAGUACAAUAUCCCGUACGCAGUUUCGAUCCUUCUAAAGGAGCGAAUACAGACGCCAAGAUGGGACAUCAACAGCAAUUUGUUCUGUCCAAUCAUACGGGAAGAAGCCCGAACGCCAGCCACGCCGUCGAGGCGCAGCAAUCUGGUAUGGGACCAAACGGGCAACCCGGCAAUAUGCAUUUCAAUAACAGAACACCACCGUGGCAGCAGAAUCGCACUGCGGCCGUAUCCCAUCAACCGUCCCUGGUCACGGUACAGAACAUUACCUGCAACUCGUUCGAUCGCGUGCCACCACUUCAUCAUCACAUUCCACAGGCUUCCACCUGGACGGAUGAGGCCGCGCGGAAGAAGGCGAAGCCGAAUAAGAUAAUAGUAAAGAAACAACGUCAGCACGGUGUCGCGGAAUCGUCGAGAACGAACAAUGGGUUAGAGCACUCGGUGCCGAGUCCGGUAGACGAGUUUAGUGAAAAGAAUCAGCAGAAUAAUGGACAGAUAGGUUCGACAUUCAAUAGCAGCGGUCCUUCGUUCCUAGAGGAUCCUAGCGGAUACCUCGCCCAGCAGACGGCGCUGCUGAACAGCACAAUAUCGAGGCAAACUGGUGUUAGUAGCUCUCAAGUGGGCAUGUUAAAUAAUAAUCCCAAAUCGUCGCCUCAGACCAGUCAUGGCAUGCACGUGCCUAACAACGCUGCCUAUCUUUCUCAACCAAAGCCUUCCUCUAUCGCCAGUCCCACGAGUACAUCGUCAUUCGCUUCUGUAAAAAAUCAUGCGACAUCGCCGGUUGUUGUACACAGUAGUAUGACGCCAACGUCGAGCAACAGCGGCACUGAUUCCGAGAGUAGCCCAUGUCAAGGGUGUGUCACCAGUGCCGACACUCAAUCCUACAUUCAGGAUCAGUAUAAGCAGCAGAUGCAGCGGCAGUACCUGAUGCACACGGAUCAGCGUGAGGAUCCUGUUACCUCGUCAACAUUUGGUGAGCGAUAUCAAACGAAUAACCAGCAACAGGUUGACUCUAGACCGAUACAAGGUGGUACUGUGAGUACAAGUCAUGGGUCUCCAAUCGGUACGAGUAGUCCAGCCAAUUCGGAUACACCGGCAGCCUCGACACCCGGAAUCUCGCAACCGGCAACACCACAAAGCCUCAUUUCGUCGCAGCCUGCAACGCCACAUAGUUAUUCGCAACCACCAACACCUCAUUCGCACGUAUCGGGGCAAAUGCCACCACAGACCCUAACUCCACAAGCGCAACAGCAACCAUCGCAGUCCUUAAUCAGUGGUAGUAUCCAGGAACAAAGAUCUGACACUCCCAGUUCCGCUACAAUGAGUUCCAGCGGAAUUCCACCUAGCACCUCGCCGUCACAAACGUCUUCAUCGGCAUCGGACAAUUUAACAUCGCAAGUGAAACGACAAAUAACGACGAAGCAAAAUUCGUUGGACGGAUAUCAACCUCAUCCGCAUACUGUUAAUGCCGUUUCCAGGAUACCUAUGAACACCUUCAGCGGAACAUCAUCCGUGAUAACGACCAUGGCAAGUGGCCAUACAGUCAGUAGUAAUACGAUCACCUCUGUCUUAGCCGGCAGAGCGAAUACCGCGACUGUUUCUAUAAACACACCAUCUGCGAUACUAAAUCCCGCGAUACCUAAUCUCUUGCCGAAUAAACCGCAACAUCAGCCACAAUCUACAGCAUUGACAAAUAUAUCUGGUACUCCGAUUACCACUCAUUCGACCGCGCCACAUAGUCAAUCUUCGACUAUGAGUGUGUCCAAAUCUCCACUCGAAAUGGUUCAGAGCGUCGUUAGCAGCAUACAAGUACCUCAAGCGAACGCGAACUCAUCGAUGCAGCCACAAACUCAGCAGCAACAGCAGCACCAACAGCAGCAGCAGCAGCAGCAGCAGCAACAUCAACAUCAACAGCAGCAGCACCAUCCUCAAGCAAACGUUCAAGUUCAUAAUGUCCUCACUUCUGGUGGUAUAUUGAAGCAUCCUGCUGGGUCAACAUUGCCACCUGGUCAUAUAUUGGUGUCUAGUGGCGGUCAGCUCAUAAUGGCGAGUACCGGAUCGGCUAUUAACGGCGUGAUGGCGCCUCCACCACCAAAAAUCAUCUCCAACGCCAAUUCUAUGCCACCGCUAUCGGUCUCGCCAAUGGUUACCAGCGUGACUGGAGCUGUUAGUCAAGUCAUUCCCGCGGUGGGUGUAGCUCAGCAAGUGAUAGGACAACCCACGGUACUCGUUAACACUAUCCAGACUCCAGUGUUGAUCCAGCCUGGUGUGAUGACGAUGGACGGUAUAAGUCAGAAUGUACAGAUACCACAUUUGACGGUCGCUACCGGAAACGUUAUACAGAACACCCAAUCAAUCCUUGAUGCGAACCAGGAUGUGUCCAGGACUGUCGGUGCCAAUCAAGGCAUGACGGUGAAUCGGCAGCCGGCACUACUGUCACCAGAGUCGGGGAUGACCAAGAAAAAGGCGUACAAAAAACGAAAAACCAAUCCGCAAACCGUGGCGUCGAUGCUGCACAUCGCCUCGUCUCAGCAGAAUGCCGGUAUGCUUAUGCAGUCGCAGUCGAACUUUGCCCAACAAAACUUCCAGGCGCAGAGCAUAGGUGGGCCCAUGCUUCAGGCGCUAACCAUCGUGCCGGGCAAAGGCGGAGCGCCGGCGCAAUUGGUCAUGAAUGGUCAGACUGGCGCUGCGUCCGCGCAAUUCAAUGCUCAACAGAUAAUUACGAAUCCACAACCGGCUCAACAAAUAAAUCUUCUCCAACCAGUCAAUUUGUUGAACGGUGCAACUGGAAUGGUGCAGAAUUUCCCUACCAUCCAGCAGUUUAUUGUGCCCGGUUUGGGCAGCAUGGUCAUGUCCGCUGAUGGAACGGCCACAUUGCUACAGGAUACGGGUAACAUUGGAAUGCAGCUGCAGAUACAGAAUGUCAACGGCCAGAAUGUGCUCACGCCAGUGCAGAGUCAUGGCGGUAUAUUCAAUCCGAGUCAAAGCAUACUAGCUGCCGGUCCAGCCGGAAUGGUGAUACGUACACCACAGGCAACCAGUGGCAAAAUCAUUCAGCAGCACAGUCCGGGAGCGCAAUUUCUCUCACCAAACAGCGGUCAGUUUCUAGUGAACGGAACAACGUCUUUCGGAAAUCAGCUGAGCCCGAUAGUGGCGAACGUGAGUCCGAAUCAGCAAGUAACGUUCAACACUUCGCAAGUGAGGCCGAACAUGCAGGGUCAACAGGAGUUCAUACAAAUGAACGGGCAAACGCUGAUGGUACCUUGUGCAACCGCUCAAAAUAUUGCCGUCUCCUCUGCAUCGAAUCAACAGAACACAACCUUUGUCCAGCAGAACACAACGAUUGUGCAGCAGCAGACGACCAUGGUCUCGAAUAAUCAGAUACCAAAUUUUCAAAACGCAGCUUCUAACGGCGGGCAAACUGUCGAUCCUUCCUUAAACCUCGAUCACAAUCAGUCGUAUAUUCUGAGCUCUGGCAUGAUUCAGGGAAAAGCGGUGUCAUCGUCUCCUAAAAGCGAUGUAAAUUCACCAUCCGAUCAGAACGUCGAGCAGCAGCAGUACGUGCUUACUAGUAGCAAUACGACCGUUGUGGAUAAAGCGGCCCAGCAAAACGAGCAGCAUAGUCCACUUAUGGCAAGGCACUCCGUUUCGACGCAAACCGCCGGAAAUCAGACGAACGUGGCACAAUCGGCAAUGAUGCGGCAAGGAUCACCACCCGAUACGACCACUCAUAGUCCAGGGAACAGUCAAAGGUCCAACAGCCCGGCCGUGGAUACUACUACGCAUGGUGCAGCCUCACCGGCGCCUCCAAUCACCGCCAGACAUCAUUCGUCGUCUACGCCUAUGGUUCAUUGCGUGUCGAGCAGCGAACCGGAUUCGGGCGACGCACAGGUGGCAUCAGAGGAUUGGAGAAUGCAGAGUAUCGCUACCAAGGAGAUCACGUUGAAUCAACCAAGUUUGCACGGAAAAACCUAUGUGGAGUCGACGGUAACCACUGGGAUCCAGAUCUAUACGUCAGAGACGUUGAAGCAAGCCGAAGGUGUGGUGAGCACGGUGAGGUGCGAGGGCAGGGAACAUGCCCUCGGCCGCGGAAUCAAGCGAAAGCUGGACUCCAUCCAUUCCAUGCAUUCUACUCUGCAUGAAGACCAAGAUGCUGAGACAAAGGACGUAGACGACGGAAACCAAUGGAAACUGAUGGUCGGUGACCUAGUGUGGGGCGCAGCAAGAGGAAGUCCGGCCUGGCCGGGGAAAGUCGAGUCGCUGGGCCCCCCGGGUUCUAUGAUGGUUUGGGUCCGGUGGUACGGGGGCGGGGGCGGUCGCACCCAAGUUGAUGUCAAGGCCCUCAAAUCCCUCUCCGAAGGCCUCGAGGCGCACCAUCGUGCCCGUAAAAAAUUUAGGAAAAGUCGUAAAUUGAAUAUGCAAUUGGAAAACGCGAUACAAGAGGCGAUGGCGGAACUGGACAAGAUGACGGAGGCCUCCAGCGACCAGAAAGAUAUCAAAAAAUCAUCGAAGGUGACGUCGCCGGCAACCAGCUCGAAGGGCAUCAGCAGCGCUGGCAAGUCGGAGGCUAAGAGGUCGUCGAAGAGAGUCGUGGCCACCGUGGACCAUGCCAAAGCCGAACAGAAACAAUGCCGGUGAUCCGCGUCGAUCGCGGUCGUUUAGCGUGUUAGUGCGAACGUCCUGAAAAUCGACGACUCACAUCUGUCAUAAAUCGCGAGGUCCGCAGGAAGAUCUUCGCGCAGAAAUGUAAUUAGUCAGCUUCAGUUUAAUAAAUUAUUAAUAAAUUUACAAAGUACACGUCCUUUCCUCAUAAAUUAUCGAUCGACACACACUUUCGUUUGCUUGAACUGAUAACUUGCAUUAAGAGCGAUCGCGACACAAUAGCGAUAUAAUUUGGUGCAACCAAUGUGGAUUUUAUUGUGAUUCCGACGGCGAGAGAUUCAUAAGAUCUGUUGAUGCAGAAAUACGUGAUGCUACGAUCACAUUAACGCGGCUAUAAUAAAGGCCGUUGUGUAGGAAUCAUCUCGAGUGUAUAACGCAUAUUAAAUCUUGGCGCUCGCGCUGUGACUUGCAUUCGGACAGUCAGGAUUUUCCAGAAUUGUUAAGAGGAUUUAUCUCCGAGUAAAAGACCCUACAUGAAAACGUUCAAGCUUUUUUCCUGUCAUGCAGCUUAAUCGAUACGCUUCAAGACGCUCAUAGUAUCGUAUGAUUAUAUGAGAAGCGUCUCCUGAUGACAUAAUCAAAACGCUCGUCUAUGAUCUAUUAAACCGAAAACGCGUUUCUCGAUUCUCUGAAUGCGGAAACGAUGGCCAUGGGAACGCGAUGCUAAAUGUACAGCCGUUUUGUACAACGGUCUCAUACGUAACACUAUAAAUAGCAUUUUACUAUCGUUUUCUUUCUCGUAAAUUUACCGGUAAAGCCUAAACGAUCAUAACAUUCGUUACAACAACUUCGGUGCUUCUGUUUGCGAUGAUUGUAUUUACACUUAAUAGGACAAUGCGAUCGGGCAUGUAAAACUGUAAUUGCAUAAUCAAUAGCGAGAGAAAGAGAGAGAAAGAGGGAUAUAAAACGCAAGAAAUAUAUAUACUAUGGCCGAUUUAUUAUUAUACGGAACAGGCCUACACAUAGCAUGCGUUCUUAGAUUAUUUAUACCCUACAUAUAUGUAUGUAACCACGUACAGAGAGUAAGAAGACGGGAGUGAUAAUUUUCCAUAGGCGUUUUUCAACUGACAGAAGGGAAAUCACGUUUAUCAUCGGCGCGCCGAUGUUCGGAGACGCCGGAAUGAUUCCUGAAAAUACUAUACUCGCACCAACAUAUUUUAGGCGAUCGUAAGCAGACGUGUAUAGUUUUAAAAAAAUAUUUUUGCGAACGAACCUUCAUUACUACCCCUACAUACUACCCCUAGAGAGUAAUGCAUUGUUUUAGACGGCUAUACACGGAACGUGAAUGCUUGUUUUAUCGCGACAACGUCGCGCCACACAAGCUCGUUGAAGCAUUUUAAAUCUACAUGUGUCCCGCAGGAUGCUUUUGACCUGCGCGAUCAUUUUUUUAACGGUGUUUCUCUAAUAACAUAGACGUGGAACACGCUACGACUGAAUAAUUCACGGGUCGAUUUUGUAUACAAUAGCGAAGCAAUCUGGAAACCGCUGCAGAAACAGAUUUGCGAUUUCCAAAUUUUUAACGGGUACACAUGAGCAAUUGAUUUUUAUCGUCGUUUUAAAUUCAUCCAGAUUCUUUGGAUCGAAUAACAAAUCUCUAGAUCUUUAGAUUGCUAAAAAAAUCACAUAGUGCUGACGAUGAAAUAAAAACGAUGAAAUUUUGUGGUAAAACUUAAAAUUUGUCAUUGAUUUGAAAUUCAUUAAAAAGGACGUUUUGUCUUUACGUUUCCCCUUAAGAAAUUCGGUAAUUAGUAUCUUGAUCGCACAGCAUGACGCAUCGGAGUGGCAAAUAUACUUCUUCAAAGUGCAAACGAGUGUUACAUUAAACGUGUUGGGAUUCAAUUCUAAUUUCAGGAAUGAUAUAGUGAUCGUUCACGAGGAACGGCAGACUCGAAGCUGCGAUAAAAAUCUCAACUUCACAUCUGCAUUUUCGAGAUAGCUUUCGAAAACGUAUGAUAGACAAUAAAGAAGAUGCAAGUAUCAAAACACAUCGCGUGAUUCUUGAUUCACGUUUUUUCGCGACUCGUGGUUUUUUCAUUUCCUUGAACGAACGCACCCGCGCAUCCUGAAUCUUGAUCCUGAUCGGCGUUAAGAAACGUCACGACAGUAUCAGCUGCAUAAUACUUAACUACGAAACGGGUCCGCACAGAUUUUUUAAUGUUAUAUUAUGCCUGUAAAUAUAUGUCAACCGUAACGAUAAUCGUCGUGCAUUAAUGACGAAUGCAGCGCGGAUGUAUAAGAACAAUCGACGAAGUAACGAAUUCACGGGGAAACAUUUAACACGUUCCCUACCGCGUAUAUCAUUUUCGGUAUACACUGAAACUCAUUUUCAGGUCAACUGAUAUUUUUAUCAUUGGUAAAUAAAAUGUAAGAAAAUAAUUUUUUUCUUCGUAUCACUAUUAUAUGCUUCAUGAUCAUGUUUGUUAGUUUCACUAUUUACUCUGCUAAAAAAAUUAAUUUCCAGCUCAAAAAGUAUAAAAAUAGAUAAGUUUUACAUAUUUAUCAAACUCUAUAACGUUUUUGGUACACAUGCUGAAAAUGACAACUACUUAAAACUUGGCAGGAAACGUGUUAAAUAUGCGCAGAAACGCGAAUCCGUAAACAUAGGUUUGUGCUCUGAGAUUAAAUCGGAACUGCUCUAUAUCAAAAGGCAACUGCUUGAUGUGACCGGAUAUCUGCGAGUUGAUAUCACGAUCCUUUCGUGAAGGAUCUUUCCGCAAACAAAGUCCUAAUCAAGCCGUGUGCGCGUCUCUACUUAAGGACAAUUAUAUAUCAAAGUAAAUCAAAAGCUCGCGAUAUCACAUAUUACUCGCUAAGUUUCACAAUGUCAAAGAAAUCUUCGACAGAGGAGAAUCGCUCUUAACUUAUGAAUAAAGUUAUCUCUCGCUUCCCGCGAUUCGUGGCAUUUCAUCGUGACCAAGAAGCGUUGCACAUCGCAACGCAACGUUUUAUUUAAUGAAUGGCGAAAGACAUAUCACACCAGCCGCGAACGACAAUUUUUCGAAAUCAGCACGUUUUCGGUAAAAUGUACUAUACGAAAAUGAAGAAAAAAUAAGAUAAUAGAAAAAAUCGAAGAAUGGCUGGCGUCACUGUACACACAACGGGACCGUUUAACGUUAAGAUACUAAUAAUUUUAUUCAAUUUUCUUUGUCUCGGAGAGAAUAAUUGAGGGUCACUUUUGGAAAAGUUGACUGAACAAGAAAGUUUCAGAGCUGAUUUGCAUACGAAUCCAUUUAACUUAAAAUUCAAAUGGAAAUAAUUUUGCUAAUUAAUUAUUUCUAAUUUUUAAACAAUUUGAUUACUCUUCAUAAUAUGAAAUUUUUUUCAUUAUUUAACAAUGUUUAAUUAUUAAUUAUUUAACAAUGUUUAAUUGUUAAUUAUUUAACAAUAAAUAUAUGGUAAUAGUUUUUGAGAAAUGCAAUCAUGCAACAAGUUACUACAUUUCUACUCAAUAAAUAUUUGUCUGAAAUAUGAAAGUAAUCAACAAAAUGUAUUUCUGCUGUAAUUUUUCAGUUCGAUCGAUGUUGACUUUUAUAAAACUGGCUCUCAAUUUAACGUAUAGGUCUUCGCUAGUUUUUCUCCUCUGGGAUUGAUGUGAAAACCAGCUUGCCGAGAGUACUUGUCCCUUCACUCUCCCAAGCGUCCAAUGCGAGAGUGAUUGUAGCUUAAAAACCAGUGAAAACUUUUACCUCAGUGACAUAUACGCAAGAAUCAAACGUCUUAAAAAAAACGAGAAUAUAUACUGUAGUGCCGAUGUCCUUUGUACAUUUUCCAUGAUAUUGUAAAUAUAUAUAUAUAUAUACACACAUAUGUACGCGCCCACCUCCCCAUUACUGAUAAUUAUGUUGUAUGAUUGAUAGACGAUGAACAGGAUUGUUUAAUGCUGAUGCGAAUGUCGGCGAAUGGUAUUAAUUAAUAUGUGAGCUGUCGAGUUGGACAAAUUGAGAGUAUUAUAUAAUCUUAACAUCAACAUCGAAAUUUUCGUAGUUUGGAUUGUUUGAAAUAUUGCGAGGAGGAAGAAAAGAAUAUUUGUACAGAGCUUAAAAAAAAUUUCUUACGGGUAAUUACGUGAUGUAAGUGAGACAUUUAAUAUAUGUCAUGUUUUUUUUAUACUUUAUAUAAUACUGUAUGUGUGAAAGAAAAAUUACAAAGAAAUCAUUUUUCAAUCUAGUAUCUUAUGCUACGACUAUAUGCAUUUGUCUUUAACGUGCUAAUCCAUUUAUUCAAACUUUGAUUCUUCGCAUAAAAUCAUUAUUAUUAUUAUUCGUGUAAAGUUAAGUAAAAAAAGUAGAUUUUUUGCAGAUAAAAUUCUUUUCUCGCUAGCUCAGCUCGACAGCAUGAAUUUAACGAAGGGCCUACAUCGUUAAAGGGCGUAUGCGUUGUGUCGCGCCGACUGGACGAAGAAUUAGAUUAAAAAGAUUAUUGGCGAUGGUUUAAUCGAACGGACAACUAUUAGGCGUGCGCGGUAAAUCUUUUUUGGAGAAUUAUAUACCGAUAGUUAUUGGAACGUGAGUGAGAUUCACGAGGUUUUCGGCAGAUAUUUAUUGCUAUUAUUAUUUAUCAAAAGUAGAGUAUUUACGGAGCGUCUCGUUCGCUUGUUGUGUUUUGAGAGAGAUAUAACGAAGAAACGGUGCAUACAGGCCACUUUUAUCCCCUGUAACGGAAUGUACAGUGUGCAUGUGCGCGCAAAAGUGUAUAUAACGGAGGAGUGUGCAUGUGUGAGAGAAUCGAGAAGAAACAAACGAGAAACGGAAUCCUUUUAGCGAGCGAACAUGAUUGCGAGUGGCACCAAAUAAAAGAAAGAGAAAAGCAAAAGGGAUGAAACUGUUUUACUAGUAGGGACAAACGACUUAUCGUGAUCGCAUUAGCAGUUAACAAAUUUAGGAGAAAAAUGUGAAUGCACUUUCGAUGUAUAAUAUGAAUAUUAUUGCAGAUAUGUAAUACGUAUUAUAUAUCAACUGUCAGUGGUAUUACAAUAAGAGAUGAUAAUUUUAUAUUUACAAGAUAGAGGAGAGAACAAGAGAGUGAGCGAGAGAGAGAGAGAGAGAGAGAGAGAGAGAGAUCGUUAAAUCUAAAUGAAUGUAAUAUACUUAUGUAUGAUGAGAGAAACUCCUCAUUCCCCCGAUUUCCCUCCCAUAAUUCCAGUGCUAGGAGAAAUUAGCAAAAACUACCUUAUUUAUAUAUAAUACUUGGCAUAAUAUUUAUAUAUAAAUAUAUAAAUAUGAAUAUAUAUAAAUAUAUAAAUAUAUAAAUAUAAAUAUGAAUGCAAAUAUAUAAAUAUAAAUAUACAUAUAUAUAUAUAUACAUACACACACAUACACACACAACAUGAGAGAUAGAAUUCAAAGUAAAAAAGGAAAUAGUCUCGGGAAGCAAUAUUUGCUGAGUCCGAGAAAAAGUAUGAAGCUAUGUGAUCCACUACUACUCUAGUAGCUUUUAGCUGUAAAGACUUAUACUUUAUUUUGUAAAUUUUGUUUAUACAAUGUUUGAUCGUUCACGCAUAAUAUUGUAUGUGAAACUAAGUUAAUAAAUAACAUUAACACAUGUGAAGUUGAA